GGUCUUCCUCACGCCCCCCGGCUCUUCCUCACGCCCCAGGCUCUUCCUCACGCCCCCAGGCUCUUCCUCACGCCCCCAGGCUCUUCCUCACGCCCCCAGGCUCUUCCUCACGCCCCCAGGCUCUUCCUCACGCCCCCCAGGAUCUUCCUCACGCCCCAGGCUCUUCCUCACGCCCCCCAGGCUCUUCCUCACUCUCCCAGGCUCUUACUCACGCCCCCCAGGCUCUUCCUCACGCCCCCCAGGCUCUUCCUCACGCCCCCCAGGCUCGUCCUCACGCCCCCCAGGCUCUUCCUCCCGCCCCCCAGGCUCUUCCUCACGCCCCCAGGCUCUUCCUCACGCACCCCAGGCUCUUCCUCACGCCCCAGGCUCUUCCUCACGCCCCCAGGCUCUUCCUCACGCUCCCCAGGCUCUUCCUCACGCCCCCAGGCUCUUCCUCACGCCCCCAGGCUCUUCCUCACGCCCCCCAGGAUCUUCCUCACGCCCCCAGGCUCUUCCUCACGCCCCCCAGGCUCUUCCUCACGCCCCCAGGCUCUUCCUCAAGCCCCCCAGGCUCUUCCUCACGCCCCCCAGGCUUUUCCUCACGCCCCCCAGGCUCUUCCUCACCUUCCACCAUUCCCUAACCACUCGAGACUGUUGGAGACACAGCAUCCCACCUUAUAA